CUGUCUGCCUUGGCCAAGACCCUCACCGACAAGUACAAUUCGAUCAAGGUUAUCGUCAAAGCUGCAGACAUUGCCGACUAUAACGCCGUCGACAAGGCCGUGGACUCUGCCAUCGCCGAACUUGGCCAGAUUGAUAUCCUCAUCAACAAUGCUGGACUUGCUCUUGGAGCCCCGGCGGCCUUCCAAGACCUCAAGAUCAACGACAUCGUCACUAUGAACAACACCAACAUCAACGGCCUCAUGUGGGUCACCCACGUUGUGCUCAACCGAUCCUUCAUGCCCCGAAAGGCCGGCACCAUCCUAAACAUCACCUCUAUCACCGGUCUAGAGGUGCCUCCGUUCCCCGGAGAGUCCGUGUACCACGCCAACAAAGCCUGCCAGGAGGGCUUCACCAAUGCCCUGCGUAACGAGCUCAGCCAGACUAACAUCAAGGUCCUGGCCCUACGCCCCGGAUGCGUCGCAACCAACUUCCACUCAUUACGCGUAGGCCACGACAAGGAGAUGUACGAUUCGUUUUUCGAGGGUUUUGAGUAA